AUGUUUGAUCUUCUCGAUUGGAAUCGUCGUGGGUAUCUUUGCGGUGUGGAUAUGCGCACGUAUAAGUAUCUUUUAGAGGAAGAGUUGGGUGUUUUAGGAGAGAGUGAAGAGCUAAUCUCAUCGAAAAUGAUCGCAAAUAAUACCAAUAAAGAGGAUUGCAGAGCGAGUCCAAGAGCAUCACUGAUGAACUCCUCAGCACAUGAGCAGCAUCUUUAUCAAAAGGCUUUCGAUAAUCUUUCACGAGGCAUAAAAGCAAUCAACGGGAUAAUCCCAUCCAAAAGUAAAAUAAGCGAUGCUGGUUGUGGUUUUAAUGAGGGGCUUGAUGCGGAUGAUAAUAACGAGCGCGCGUUGAAAAAGGCAGCGCUUAAUCAAAAAGGCCGUCGAUUACUUCUUAUUUUCUUAGCUGCUAAAGUAGUAUUGCCACUUCUCAUUUCCAGCCAAAUUUCAUCGAUUGAUUUCCCAACUUUUUCAAUUAUCGUACUCAGCGCUUUGAAGAAUAAUGAAUUAUUGUCGACUGAAAAAAACCUUGUAGAAAGGCAGGCGUGGUUUCGAAUUAUUCACAUUUGCUUUGUCUUGCUAUCGUAA